AUGGAGAACAUUUCUAUGACUGGCACUUUAUUGCUUAUGGGCCUUGCAGAGCUUGGAAACGUUCAGUAUUUAUAUUCCUUCAUAACUCUAGUCGUCUUUGUUACAGUCAUGGUGUUGUGUUUGACGAUUGUGGUUGUCACCUGGACAGAGGAAGCCCUUCAUGAACCCAUGUACAUUUUCAUCUCCAACCUCAUGUUUACAGACAUGUAUGGAAGCUCGGCCUUGAUGCCCAAGCUGAUCAUUGACUUGAUGACGGGAUGCAUGACAAUCCCACUCUCGCAAUGCUUGGCCCAGGGUUUCUUUCUCCAGAGUUUUACCUCUGUGGAGAUUUUUACUUUCACUGCCAUGGCAUAUGAUCGUUACUUGGCCGUUGGCCACCCAUUAAGGUACCCCAUGUUGAUGACCAACAGGAAAGCUUUUAAAAUUCUAGUGGCGAUAUGGAUUUAUGUGUAUGUAGGUAUAUGUGCAGUUUUGGUCAUUACUUCAAGACAAACUUUGUGCGGUGUACACAUCAACAGCGUGUUUUGUGAAACCAUUUCCCUUACGCACUUGGCUUGUGGUGACACCACUCUCGGAAUAGUCUUUGGGUUUACAUGGAGUAUGAUUAUGAUGGUUGGUUGUACCAAGCUGCCCAGCAAAGGUGGCAGUUAA